CAGUCGUUUAUUGAUUUCACAGUUGAAAGGUGAGAAAUUCGAUACCACACACCACAAUAGCCACAAUCGUCAAAAGCAUACAAUAACAAAAAAUACUUGCACUCAAAACAUUCAAUAAGAAAAAAACAAGCAGUAUUGCAAACACGGCGGUCGGCAUGUACCCAUGGAAUUCAACAUCUUACAGCCCAAGCGGCAGUCGAAGCGGUAGCGAACGCCGCAUGACCAUGCCGAGUGGUUUAGAUGAUCAAGAGAAGCUUCUGGCUGAGGCCAUUGGGACAGCACGCAAACAGGCAUUCCAAAUGAAUCACUUUCUCGACAAGGAUCGCAUUUUGGAUGCGCUCAAAUGUGCUAGCACAAUGUUGAGUGAAUUGCGUACCUCGAUGCUCUCGCCGAAGAGCUACUACGAGUUGUAUAUGGCCAUUACGGAUGAGCUGUGCCACCUGGAAUUGUAUUUGAGUGAGAAGAGCAACAAAGAGACGGAUUUCUAUGAACUUGUGCAGUAUUCGCAUACGAUUGUGCCACGUCUUUAUCUGCUCAUUACCGUGGGCAUUGUAUAUAUCAAAAAGGAUGCAACGUUGAAGCGUAGCAUACUCAAAGACUUAGUGGAAAUGUGUCGUGGUGUGCAACAUCCACUACGUGGCCUAUUUCUACGCAACUAUCUGCUGCAGUGUACGCGCAAUAUAUUGCCAGAUGUGCUGGUGGCAGAAAAUGAACAUGAAGGCAAUGUAUUGGACGCCAUUGACUUUGUACUGACGAAUUUUGCCGAGAUGAACAAAUUGUGGGUGCGUAUGCAGCAUCAGGGUCACUCCAGUGAGAAGUCACGACGUGAAAAGGAACGUGAAGAACUAAAGAUAUUGGUGGGCACCAAUUUGGUACGUCUAUCACAACUUGAAUCGGCCACUUUGGAACACUAUCAGCGUUUCAUAUUGCCUGGAAUACUGGAACAGGUGGUUAGUUGCCGCGAUGCCAUAGCGCAAGAGUACCUUAUGGAAUGUAUUAUACAAGUGUUUCCCGACGAGUUUCAUUUACAAACCUUAGAUCCGUUCCUGAAGUCAUGUGCACAGCUUGAAACUGGUGUGAAUGUUAAGAAUAUAAUAAUUUCAUUGAUCGAUCGCUUGGCUGCAUACAACCAGCGCAGUGGCAAGACUAGCGGCACGGACAUUGAGUCCAUAAUACCGCCUGAGGUUCAAUUAUUCGAAGUGUUCAGCAUUCAAGUGGCCAAUAUUGUGCAGACUCGCACUGAUAUGCCGCUCGAAGAUACGAUAUCGCUGCAGAUUGCACUUCUGAGUCUCGCCCAGAAAGUCUACCCAGACCGUGUUGAUUAUGUGGAUAAAGUGCUUGGCACAACGACACACAUUUUGGAUAGCCUAGGAAUGAAUAACAUUUCUCAUUUUCUCUCGGUGAACCAAGAAUUAUCACGUCUCCUACGCAUUUGCAUCGAUUUCUACAACAACGCAUUGACUGUUAUACAACUGAAGAACUUUACGCCAUUACUAGACAAGUUCGACUACACUUCACGAAAGUCAUUGGCGCUCUAUCUGGUAAUGAAUGUGCUCGAAUUCGAAACUCUUAUACCAACAGCUGAACAGGGUGAACACGUAUUAACCAUCAUAAUGCCACUUAUCAAAGAUGAGGAAGUGCCCGUAGGACCCGAUGGCAAACCUGUGCCACAACCUGCCAAUGCUAACAAUGUCGAUCCCGAAGAAUUCGCCGAAGAGCAAGGCGUUGUAGCGCGGUUCAUUCACUAUAUGAAGUCCGAUGAACCCGACAUGCAAUACAAAAUCCUCCAAUCGGCACGCAAGCAUCUGGGUGCCGGUGGUCCACAACGUAUCAAGCAUGUCUUACCGCCGCUCGUAUUCUCCGCGUAUCAGCUAGCCUACAAAUAUAAGGCAAUCGCCGAAGAGGAUGAAAAUUGGGAUAAGAAAUGCCAAAAGAUAUUACAAUACUGCCACAGUACGAUCGCGGCGAUAGCAAAAGCAGACUUGGCCGAUUUGGCGUUGCGCUUGUAUCUGCAAGGUGCGCUAGUCAUUGGUGAAAUUGGCUACCCAAAUCACGAGACAGUGGCUUAUGAGUUCAUGACGCAAGCAUUCUCAUUGUACGAAGAUGAAAUAUCUGAUUCGAAGGCACAGCUGGCAGCAAUUAUGCUUAUUAUGUCCACAUUUGAACAAAUGUCGUGCUUCAGUGAGGAGAACGCGGAACCUUUGCGCACGAAUUGUGCACUUUCAGCGUCCAAACUAUUGAAGAAGCCCGAUCAGUGUCGAGGUGUGGUGGCGUGCGCUGCGCUCUUCUGGAGUGGCAAGAAAAAUGGCGACGAGAUGCGCGAUGAGAAACGCACGCUCGAGUGCCUAAAGAAGGGCGCACGUAUAAUUGCGCAUUGCUUGGACAUAGGUGUACAAGUGCAAUUAUAUGUCGAAUUGCUGAAUCAUUAUCUCUUCUAUUUCGAACGUGGUAAUUCGCUAAUUACUGUUGCAAUGCUAAAUCAGCUCAUUGCGAAAAUCAACGAGGAUUUGCCAAAUCUGGAGUCCACCGAGGAGACGAAACAAAUAGAAAUGCAUUACAAAAAUACAUUAGCGCAUAUUAGAACUCGCAUGGAAUCAAACGAUGCGGGCUUGGAGGUUUCAUUCGCUGGCAUUUCCAUCAAUUAGUAAAAGAUAAAAUUAUUACUUAAAGCGCAUAGGGAGGUGGAACUUGCGUGCGCAAUACGGUUUUUAUUUGAACUACCUUUAUACGCAUACAUAUACCUAUAGUGAUCGAAUGAAAGACACCUGUACACCUCCGGCAGCAAGCAACAACAUCCACUCAAUUUAAAUGCACAUCCCCCACUUUAUUUUCACCUCUUAAGUUGCGAAUACAGCGCUCCUAGUUUCUCUCGUAAAUUUAGAUUUUUAUAUAAUUCACUAGAAGCCUGAAACUCUAAAUAUUAUGUUCAGUUACUUAUGAUAACAUUUAUGUAAAAAAAAGUUGUACUUGUAAUGAUUGUUUACCAGAUCAAAUUAUAUCGAAAUUCCAUUUAUUGUGAACCUAUUGAAGGAUUACUAUAAUUCUACUAAUUAUUAUAUUGAUGUAUUGUUUAUCGUUAAAAUUAUGCUCGAUUUCUACACACAUUUAUAUAUAUUAUACAAUAACAAUGUGCGGUAUUGCUUAUUUUCUGUCUCUCUCUCUCUCUCGACAAAGCAACUAUCUAUCGUUUGAUGCUAACUUUUGGUUUAGAGAGUAGGCAUAAAAACAUAUUCACAUGCACGAUAAUUGUUUUUUUUUUUAAUUAAGUAUUAAUGAACACACAAAAGCAAUGGAAGCAAAAAUAAAGCAUACCGGAAAAAUCCUAGAUAUUUAAAAGCAAAGCAAAAAUACUAUUUGGCUAAAAAGCGUGCAUAACUUGUGCAAAAACUACCGAACCUGUCGUCGGCACGGCUUAAAAAAUACAAGAAAAAAAUAUGAAUGAAGCACCAUUAAGUGGCACACUGAUAUGAGUGUUGAAAAAGAGAUAUUUGCUGAUUAUGAUAAAUUCUUAAAAAUGCUAAAAUAAAUAUUGAGAUAACAAGUUUUAGAAAAAACAUAACAA